AUUGUUCUAUGCACAUUUAAUGUUUCAUGACAAAAUUGCUUUUGACCGCGUUACAUUUUUCAAUUUUUCCAUCGUGUGUUGAUUGAAUCAAUUAUAAAUUCCAUAAAAUACUGUGUGUACAAUGGGUGCAUACUUAUCAAUGGCUUACUUGGCCAAACCGGUGAAGGAAAAACAUUCGGGAGACUUCGAAACCGAAAAAUUGAGAUGCGGCUACAGCACUAUGCAAGGUUGGCGUACUAACCAAGAGGACUAUUAUACAGCCUUGAAAGACUUUGAUGUAGACUCGUCAUUAUUUGCUGUCUUUGAUGGACAUGGGGGCCACGAAGUGGCCAAGUAUUGUUCAGAGAAUUUAGCACAGUUCCUUAAAGAACAUCCAGCAUAUAAAGAAGGAAAUAUUGAAAAGGCUCUAGUUGAAGGUUUCUUGGAUUUUGAUGAACUGUUUGUCAAACCAGAGGUUGUUGAAACUUUAAAGGAAUGGGUGAAGCAGAGAAAAGAAAAAGAUCAAAGCAAAAAAGACAAAUACUUGGAGUCCAUGGAACGCAAGAUGCUAGAACGUUUGCGUAAUUCCAAAGGGAAGAAAGAUAAAAAUGCAGAAAACAAUACAGAAGAAACUGGCAAUGCAGACAGUUUAUGUAAAGAUCUAUUAGAGGAUUACAAAAAUGCUAAAGGCAAGGGUUCUCCAAACAAAUGUGAAGCUUCAAGUGAGGCAGCUACAUCAAGCAACUGUAAAAAUGGAGAUAGUGGCGAUGAGGAGGAAAAUAUAGAUAGUUUGUUUGAAGAGGCGCACAUGCCAAUCGAGAAGGUUUUGGAGAAGUAUAAGAGUGGGAAGGAUGGAUCUGCGAAGGAGUGUACUUCAGAUGAUGCAGUGGCAUCUUCAUCUUCGUCUGCAGUUGCUUGUUGUAGUAGCACAGGAAGCAGUUCAAUUAAAGCAUCUGACAGUGGUAGAUCAGGUAAUAGAAGUUCUGAAGCUGAGGCCAAAACUACAAAUGGAGAACACACAGAAAGCAAUGCUGGAACUAGUGAAGUUGAUGGUGUCAGCAGUUCUUGUGGUGAAACCAGUGGUCCAGCAAGAGACAAGAAAGAAAAUGCUUGUACCUCGAAUGGCGAAAUUCCAUCAGCAAAAGCGUCUGCAGACUGCUCUUGUUCAACAGAAUCGAAGACUUCAGUAUCAAGAGGACCUGGAAAACGGCCGUUGAAACUGAAAGAGCCGUUAAUAGAUGGCUCUGAUGACAGCGAUGAUGAUUCGGAAGAUGAAGGGGAUGAAACAUUCGUCGGGCCAGAUGCGAGUUCUGAUGAUGACGAUGACGAAGCAAUGGAAGAUGAAGCGUCUGGAGAGAGCUCCGAAGCUGAUGAUGAAGAUGAAGAUGAUGAUGAGGAGGAGGAAUUAGAUGAGGAAGACGAAGAAGAUCUUGAAGAGUGGAAGCAAAUGCUGGAAUAUGAAGAAAAGCCUGGUGUAGACAGCGGCACAACGGCAACGUGCGCCAUCUUACGUGGCAACGAUCUGUACAUGGCACAUGCCGGGGAUUCCCGCGCUGUUCUAGCACGAAGAGACGGCGUCGCUGAGGAUAUCACGCUGGACCACAAGCCGACGGAUCAACCAGAGUUAGAUAGAAUUACAAAAGCUGGUGGGAAAGUCUGCUCGGAAGGAAGGAUCAAUGGGGGUUUGAAUCUGUCCAGGGCCUUCGGGGAUCAUAAACAUAAGCAGAAUGAGGAGUUGAGUAACAGGGAGCAGAUGGUAACAGUAUUACCAGACAUCAAAAAAAUUACCAUAGAUCCUGCUCUACACGACUUCAUCAUAUUGGCUUCAGAUGGUAUCUGGAAUUCAAUGUCUAGUCAAGAAGUAGUGGAUUACUUCAAGAAAAGGAUAGGCAGUUGUGAUAAUAUUUCAAACAUCUGUGAAGAGAUAUUCAUGAACUGUGAUUUACGAACUGAUAUUUCUAAAUCACGAAUCACGACUGUUACAAAAUACCAUGGAGAAGCGUGAAUGUGAUCACGACUUCAGGAAUCAGCAGCGCUAGCCGCUAAUGCCGAAAAUCGUAAACCACUGAAGAUUAACAUGACCCGCAGUGGCGGAUCCAGGGACGGUGUCCUGGGAGUUCGGAACCUCUCGAACAGAAAUAUCCGAGUUGUGGCAAUUGUACCAACAUAUUGACGAUUGCUUCGCUUUAUUCGACGAAUGCCUGGCAGGUAAUACCUUCUACGACGCAGCAGGCUGCGACAACAUGACGAUGAUAGUCGUCCAGUUCAAACAGGAUUCCCGCAAAAGGCCGUCGUCCCCUGCCAACGAGGCGACAGACGACAAACAGACGGCGAAAAAAGCGAGAACGGAAGAAGAGAAACAGCCGGAAGUUGAGUCCACGGUGUAGAUGUAGAAAGUCUGCGAUUUAGCGGAGUGGGGGAGAGAGAAUGAGUGGACUAUAAGGGAGAGAAUGUUGGAGUCAUUGUUUAGAGUGUUGUGGCUUUAGUUAUUGAAAAAAUGGAUCAGAAAAAAGGUGUGCUGAAGCAGUCGUUCUGUUCAAAACUGUUGACUUUAUAAAAAACUGUAUGGGUUUCAAGAGUAAGAUGUUCUAGUUAAUAUAGGGUAGUGCAGAAUGAAUGGACGUUUUUGGAGCAAGUAGCAUCGAUUGAAUGAAAAGAAAGAGAUAAUUGUGCCCCGCAGGAAUUUCUCAUAGGGGAAACUUUUACAUACUUGAACCAUCACGCAGGCCCAAGGUCUAAAUACUCAUGGGUGAUACAUCCACGUUGGACAGUCUGAAUCCGUUUACCAUCUACGGACAAUCACAAGUCACAACAUCCAUAGUCAAGACAAAAAUUCUCUUUGAGGCGGGAUUCGAACCCGCGCAACUCACGGCGAAUAAUUAGUAGACCCAUAGUGUCUAUAACGAUUAUAUAUCAACCCCCAAAAACUUUUGGUAAGGACCUUCGUGCAUUAAAAAGGGCUUUUAUCAGCAUCAGAAAGACAUGAAAACUUGUUCUAACAAUAAAAAUUUGUUUAUUCAAAGCUAAGUUAACGUUAUCAAGCGGGAGGGAAUAACUAGAAGCCGGUAUGCAGAUCAGGAACCAGCUAGAACAUACGGCAUCGUUAAAAAGACACUCCCAGGGUUAUUACGUAAAAUACCUAUAUAAUGUCAAAAAAUCGAUAAAAUGGCAAUUUGUUGACUAGAUUGCUCGUAGUGUGCAUAUAGUUGAUUCCGCGCCUGCAACAAGUGAAAAACCGACUUAAUGUAACUUUUCAAGUUACGUAAUACCCGUGCCGAAACCAGAGCGACUAACUAUAAUUUGGCAACCUUCUCUUUUGCAGAUGUAGGAGUGAAUUUCUUUAUUUUACGAUACCUUUGUUUUUAGUAUUGAUACACAUUAGGUUGGUUCUCGAUUUACUGAACAUCCCUUAUUUGUAGAUCAUGUUUUAUUAGGUAGUUUCCAUUAGAGACUUAAGCGUCGGUCAUGAAAGAAUGGAAAGAGCACAUACAGGGUGAUGCAAAUGCUAUGUGACACGUCUUUGCCUUUCAUUCAAAUUGCAGAAAAUGCCCUUCCAUUUCGUCCAACUCUUUACUUUUGCAGGGUGAUCAAAUAACAACAAUAACAGUGGAGUCAUUUCUAUAACAGUGAUUAGGGAUAUAGUUCAGAAAAUAUUUUCGCAUCCGCUCUGAAAAAUGUUCUGAUCCGGUCGUAUUAAAAAAGGAUCCCUUUUAACGAAUCUGCAUGUUGUCAGGCCUAAAAUUGUAUAAAAAAUAAAUAGUUGUAACAUAUUUUUUAAUAGAUUCCAAAAAUUGUUUUUUUUUUCGCUCUGGACUGGAUUUCUUUUUAUUUUUUGAGUCAUUCCAAACAAAAAAGCAUAAAUUUGAUAGUUGUUGAGAUAUAAGCAAAUUCAUAUUUUCGACCCAGAAAAACAACAUGAAUAUACAAACAAGUUCCUAAAUAUCCUUCAAACACCCAUUAACAAAUCUCAACGCUAGUAUUUUCAUUGUAAACCUUUGUCUUCAAAUGCUAAUUGGGCUUAAUAAUGUUGUUAUAUAGGGUAUCACAUGGUAGGCCGUGAUUACAAAACCCUAAAAGUUCACAUAAACAUGUGCCCUAAAAAUUCUGGUUCCUAAGAUAGUGAUGAUAGUUAAAAAAAAGGUUGAUGAAAAAACAAUAGCAAACUUUCACAGAAAGUAAAAGAUAUGUUGAUAACAACAGAACAUUCCUGAGCAACGAUCAAAGUUAAUUUGAUCUUACUUUAAUGACUGUUUCUAGAUUUAAUGAACUUUGUUUUUAAUUUUUCCUCGAAAACAAAUUAACAUAUGAAGGGAUACCAAGAGACAAAAAAGUUGGAUCAUUGCCUGUUUAAUUCGAAAAAAAUAUAGAUUUUCACAAAAAAUCAGUGGCGUACAUUUUUUUGUCAAUAUAAUUCGUGAGAUUGUCCUCCCGUACGCCAUUUUUUUGACACUCUGUAAAAUUAAAAUGAAGAUCCACUAAAAGUGGUGCUUUUUGAAUAAGAUUACGCGGAAACGGGAUCAGAAUAUUUUCCGAACGGAUUCGAAAUUACUCUCUGGACUAAUAGAAUUAUCAUCAGAUGGGAUUAUUUCCCCAAUAUACUACAAACAGUUUUUAAUGUGAAAGUUUACUAACUCAGCACAUUUCUAAGUAGAAUGGAUCUGAACCUUCUACACUGGCCAUCAAAUAUUUAGACCUGUUUUUCUACAAAGCAAUGCUCCUACAAAAAUUUCUCAAGAGGGAGGCUAUGUGCAAAUGUAAAAGAUGCUUAAAGAAACAGCGGAAUAAAAAGAAUUUUUAUUUAUUCCUUUGAAACUGUUAAAAUUAUCUCAAUUUCUGGUACUGGAAUGGAAUGGAAGUUUCUGUAUACAAGGUGCUAAUAAUUACGUGCUAAUAUUCCAGGAUAAUUCCUCAGAAAUUUCGUUAAUAAUACUGUAUAUGGUUUAUAUUUGGGGAAUCGUAUUCUGGAGUAUUAGUACAUCAUUAAGAUAUGUGCGGAAUAUUGGCUGUUUCUACUUCAUGUAAAUCUUCGUACUUUUAUACUCGUAUGCUUCAAAGAUACCUUUUCCUUGAUACCGAAAUUAUAACUUUCAUGGUACACAUUAGUACCCGAAUUUAUAGAGACUUUCCGCAUUAUAUUGGACGAACUUUCUGUCCCAAAAAUACUGUUGCUGCUUUUUGAAUCAACAUGGAUUUUCUUAUCUAGAAUGGAUAACAUUUUUGAACAGAAUGACUUCAUCAUUGAUAUAUAAAAAUGCCCAGAAUGUGGGGCUGAUUGUCAGAAUUGCCUUACACUUCAAUUGUUUCGAAUUUUUUAAGGUGUAUGUAUGUGUUUUUCGACCAGGUACAUGAUUUUCAACUUGUUUCUACUUAGUAAGUUAAUUUCUUGAAUUUUUCUCAUUUUUGUGCAUAUUCUGUUAUGCUGUUGUCAAAUGAACUGAAAACGUUACAUUUUUUCUUUAACAAACAAGGGGACUGCCGAUUAUUAUUAAUUAUGGUUAAUUUAUGAGCUCUAUUCCAUAAAAAUAAAGUGUAAUAAUCACAAGUGAAUUGUUUUUCUAAAUGCAUUUGUUAAUAGUGACUCUAGUUUGGUAGAAAAGAAUAGGACAAGAUUCUUGGUACAAAAAUGGUCAGAUGAUAGUAUUAACAUUUAUAGAGGAGAUUAAAAGAUAUUUGAAAGGUGCUGAUUUUUCGGAAGUAGUAAUUUUAGAAUAGAAUUCGAAUUCAAUGAAUGGUAACAUAGGGGGCUUAAGAUCAACAUCAUCAAAUAUGACUACAGUCUGCCCAAAUUCAAUAGAUAUAUUCCAAAAUAAUGUUAUAUAAAUCACAACUUAAAGUAUUCUAUUUACAGAUUCAUCUUUACUGUUUUCAACUCUGAUUUUUUCUCAUUUUUGAGUGGCUUUUCUUCCUAGAUUACUGUUAGGAGCUCUUUGUCACGGAAAUUGUGGUUCCUCAAUGGUGCAUGUUUCAAUGCCGUCUUCAAAAGUAUGAUAUUCAAUUAUUGGAAGUUGUUUUAAAUUGACUCAAAAAGCAGUUCUGAAACACUACCACGUCUUUUUUCACAACAAUCUUACCGGACAACGACUCUUAUUUUUCUAAGAUUCUUCAAUACAUAUGCUUGUGCUUUUGUUAUAUUGUGGCUAAAUCCAGCUAUUAAAAUAUUUCAAAGUUUAACUUGUAAUUUACUGGUCUAGUAUUUUUAUGGAAUAGGGGUCUGGAACAUUUUGUUAGUGCUGAUGUUUGUCUAUUAUCUUUGUGAGUUCACUUGAUAUAUCAGUCAUCAAGCAGUUCAUUUUCCAAAUUGUUUUUAGAUAGAUUUUUGAGUUAUUAUGAGUUAUACCAUUGAUUAACGCAUUCUACCUGACACUGUAUUUCAGCGCCCAAAAAUUAUCCGAGAUGAAAUGACAAAUGAGAUUUCAUGGUAUCAUCUUUGUGAAGAUGUGUCUCUACUCUCCGCAAUAAUUAGAAAUCUGCUAUCUAGAAGAGAAACAUAGCUGACGACACGGUAUCUUAUUUCAUCUCUAAUAAUUUUUUUGGACUCCUAAAUACUGUAUCAGGUUGGCUAUCUUCAGGCGGAAUAAGUUAAUCAGUGGUCAUUCACAGUCUUACAUGAUAUGCCACAAGCCUUAAUGUAGAUCAUUGUAUAUAACUUAUUAUGCUUUAUGAAGUCAAAACAUUUUACUAUUUCAACCGGUAUUUUUUGCUGUAUGAACGAAAAAAUAAAGUUGGAUGGAAGACUGAUCAGCCUUAUAUUCAAAAUUUUGAAUUAGUUCACUCAAAUAUUUUUGUAAACGAAGUAUUUCAAAUUUUUAGUUUAAAUCUUUCAUUUUUUUAUCACCCACUCAUUUUUAUUGUAAAAGAUUUUUACCUGUAGUAAUAGCAAUGUGCCUUCUGUUGAAAACGAAUUUUGUACCAAUUUGGUUGUAUUUGUAUGUAUGAGUGAAAUUAGUUUUUUGGGGUGGUGUGUGAUAUUCAUUGCGUUUUGGCCAUUGUAUCAUAUUGUCUAAGUAUAAUAAUUUAUUUUAUUGUCACAGUUUUUCUUUGUAAGGUAUUACCAAUAAAUUAUUUCAUAGAUUUCUAA